AUCAUAUUCGUACUUUAGCUCUACAAUUAAAUGCAAUUACACCUCAUAAUGCAGUUUGUGAACAUGUUUUCUCUAUUCUAAACUGGUAUAUGGGAAAAUGUCGUACAAAAAGUAUGGCGCAAAUUCACUCAUAUCUUGUUACUGAUACAAGAAAUGAACUUAAGUUUGUUAAAUCAGAAAUUUCGCAAAACAAAUUAAUGCAAGUUUUUGAUGAAAUCGCAUAUGCUAUGAUAGAAGAGUGUGAUCUGUUUGAUGAUAAGAAUGAAAAUAACUAUAAAAAAGAAGAAUUCGCUGAUGAAGAAUCGAAUGAAGAAGAAUUGUCAGAUACUGAAAAUAGAAAUAUUUCGCAAUUAGAAAUAGAAAAUUUUAUUUGUUUAGAGCAUAGAAUGUUAAAUAAUAAUGACAAUGAUAUUUCUA